CUGCCGACACCCUUGAGGAGGAGGGUCGCGCACCUCGUAGUGCUCGCACAAACUGCAUUGAAUACGAACGGACAAACAGAUCACAUGUCUGAAGGGGAACUCGCCGGUCGGAAAAGGCCUCGUCUGGCCGAAUGGGAUGACCGUGGCGAUCUACGCGACCGACAAAGUACGGACUUCAAGAACGACGAAGAAAUUUGGUACGAAGAUGGGACCGUUAUCCUGGUCGUACGGAAUAUCGGAUUCCGCGUGUACCGUGGUCUACUGGCUGAGCGAGCAGAGAUAUUUCGUGAUCUCUUCUCCAUCCCGCAACCACCGGACAGUCAGCUCGUCUUCGGGUGCCCGGUUGUCCACCUAUCCGACACCGCCGUCGCUUUCAAAGAGUUCUUGAACGCACUUAUUUGUGAGAAGAGAUAUAUCCCAGAGGAUGAUCUUCAGUUAAACAACCUCGCAUAUCGCAUCCGCCUCGCUCACAAAUAUGGUGCGGAGAACCUUCUGAGAGUGUCCAUUCAGGAACUCCAGAAGCUCUAUCCCGCCGGACUUGUAUCGUCGGGCCUAGCCACCCAGGAUCAUUGGACCCCUCGAGCCAUCAUCGCUGUCAACCUGGCAGAUCUCACGAACACACCUUCCAUCUUACCUUCAGCGCUAUACGCCUGCUGCCAGCUUCCAGACGACAAGGCCCUUCUAGGCGCGUCUCUUUCGGAUGGAACUCUCGAGACACUGAGCAAGGACAACCUGUUACGACGCUCUAAUGGGAGGGUCAAACUAGCCUUCAAGCAAGCUCUGGUCAUCCACGAAUUAUUUGUUCAUCGCUUCUCCGACUCGGAAGGCUGCACCACUGCAAGGGUGUGCCGUGGUACCAUCCGGGAUAUGCGCGAGGAAGCUAUCGAGCGAAUUGAUGGUGACGAGGUCAAUGUUCUGUCAUCAUGGGAUGCGUUCCUCGAAGAUUACGACCCCUUCGACGAUUUGAACGGCGAUGCUCCCCGAAGGCCGUGCUCACAUUGUCUGGAUGAUCUCCAUGAAAGAGAGACGGAGAUGCGCACAUCUAGUGUCCGACCUCCGAGGCGGAUGCUACAUACUCGAACAUUGACAGACGGAUGGUCAUGCAUUGACAGACCGACGAAACCGUUACGUGUAGCCGAUGUACCUGUUAUAUCAUAGAUGCUAUGAAUGUCUACGCAAGUGUAGAGAUGGCCAGGCGGCGUAAGUAUUCAAUAUUCAAUAGCCCGCUGUGACGUCAUGCUGCUUAGGGUAUAAUGAGACUAUGAAAGGACUAUCUCGUGCCUCUCGUCUCUCGAUGCUAGGCUCAGUCGCUGAAAAUUCACUGCCACAAGAACUCAGGCUCGAAGACGCGUCGGCGAUUCUCUCGACGCGUCCCAGACGUACGGCAACGACGCUCUAGGAUGGGUCGAUACAGUCGCCCGAGGAGUCUGCUAGCGAUGCAUCAGACGGUGACCUUUCAGCGGAAAGAUGAUCAUGCCUCACUUUACUACAUCGUCUGCUAUUCACAAUGAUAUCUUGACUGCCAGCACUGCCCGCUUGUGCGAAUGGACCAAUC